AUGGUGCGCACACCCUCCUCUGAGGGCCCCUUCAAUGCACAAUUCAAAGUCUUCGCUGACGAACUAGACACGGCCAACGACAAGCGCGAGCGCCUCGUCAAGGCGAGUCGCGACGUCACAAGGGACAGCAAGAAGGCCAUCUUCUCCCUCCAUCGCGCAAAUCCCUCCAACAAACCCGCCAUCCUCUCUUCGGCCGCUGCCUCGCUCGCCGCCCUCCGCAAAGUCAUUGCCUCACGCAUAGUCUCCGAGCUGGACUGCGACUCCGCUGCCCGCUUCCACCGUGCCUACUCCCCCGGCCUGCAGGAGUACAUCGAGGCCCGCACCUUCCACGCCUUUCUCUCCGACGGCACCCUCCUCGCCGCCGACCACAUUCAGAGCGAGAUUCGAGCCGCCUACACCGAACAUCGAACCAACAUGAGUGACGUCGCCGAAAACGUCUUCGUCCUCGACAAUGCAGACUACGUCCUCGGCGUCGCAGAUCUCACGGGCGAGCUCAUGCGCGUCGCCAUCGCCGCCGCCGCGAGGGCUGAUCGUAACGCCGUGCGCGACGUCUGGGUACUCAUGAAUCAUAUCGAUCUUGCGUUCAAGGGCUUGCACAAGUAUGCCCGGGGUCUCGGAAGGGACUACCCCUCUAAACUCAAAACGCUUGCGAAUAGCAUCUCUAAGGUGGAACGCUCCGCUUGCGAUCUCGCCGUUCGUGCCGCCGAGUUUGGGGAUGACCUACAGAAUACUCAACACGACGCCCCCCUCGAGCCUUCGAAGAAGCGAAUCCGCGCCGAGCAAUACUAGCCAUUCCACCAGGCACGUGUCCCCGCCCUGUCCGGCAAAGCAGGACGAUCACGAUUCUUGUUGACACUUCUUUCGAGACCUUGUAGAAGAUUUGACGCCCCUGAAAGCAAUAUGCCCGUGUAACUCUAGGCGCUGCCACAAGUAGCAUUUUUGGACUUGCGACACGCUGGCUGUGGUUGCGCCGGUGUAGCACCAUCGUCUGGUCACGACCAAUCGCGAUGGACACGGCGCCGGUCACUUACGUACACAAAAACUUGGCACUACACAGCCCCGGUAUUCUAUGCGCUUUGAGUUACCCGCUUUCAUCAUGCAGUGGGGCAACUGAACUGUCGCCCAUCUUGUUGAUGGGUUUUCAUCAGUGAUGAGGUUUCAACGGCUUGCAACCGUGUGGACACUCCUUUGAAACGGUCUUCCCGCGAAAACUCAUUCUUCUCGCAAAUAUCGUUUUCAUGGUCUAAAGCUUUGCAUGUGGUCUCGUCGGUCUUGCCGUAUACAAUUAUAGGAUGGUCACAACGAGCUGAGACAUGAAUGCGGUACCAGCAAUUGCGGGCCCCGGAAGCCGGUUUGCACAGCAUGCGCGCCGGUGCUCACGACGUGCGAGGUGGCCGCCUUCAGACUAGCAGCAUGUCGAUACCUAAGCAAGGGUCAGUUUUCAAUUUUCUAUUUCGUGAGUGUCCUGACGGGACACGCACGAAUGCGGUUUGCAUUCCGGGAAGGGCCUUCGGCGCCUGAUCAACCCCUCGGACGCUCGAGCUCCUGCUUGCUCCUCCGCACGAGUCGGUGAUUGGUUUCGUGUCUGUUUCAAAGCCUCCAUUUAAGAAGCUACUGCCGAAUUUUCCGCGCGACCGUUGAGUGGUAACGUUCCUCAUCAGUAGCAAGCGGUUUGUUUAUGUCUUCCUUCGAUUUGAAACAUGUUGUAUUCAUGGAGAUCGAUCUGCUUUUCUUGAUCUUGCAGCUACCUCCGCCGCCCUUACGUGUCUCGCUCAGGAAAGUGACACCCGCCGCCGACUUCUUUCACAGCUAAUUGCGAAUCCCAUGGCUCUUCGAGCAAUCGCUGAGGUCUACCCGGAUGAAGAGGUUUUUCGAAAACGCAGGAGGUUACGCCAGCACCACGCACCGGAGACAACACCCAACUUUGUCCGGUGCUAUCCGGCAUUCUCGGAAACCCCAGAUUUUCAUGACGUCGAACUACUACCACCCUCUGGCCCUCUCUCGUCGCUGGAGAGAGUUUGCUACCUUUUGAUGGUCGUUUGCCACCACAAUGAUGAAUUAGAAGAAGACAAAACCACGCUUGACAGAAUGCAAGACGAUGAGGACGAACUGGAGCAAUGGUUAGCGACUGCUCUUAACGCACACUUUAUAUCGCCAGAAAUUGUAGUUGUAGCUUUAGUGCUCUUGGAUCGCGUUCAGAAGGCUGGUGCAGCCUUAACCACCGACUCCGUGAAGAUGCUCCUUCCCACCUGUGUCAUUCUGGCGUCAAAAUUCUCUAUGGAUGAACGGAUUUUCAAUGCGGACUUUCUUUUCAUGUUUGAAAAUCUUUGUGUAGACUCUGUAGCCCAGCUUGAGAGUGAGGUUCUCACUUUGCUGAAGUGGAGAGUGUUCGUGUCAGGAGAUGUAUUCCGUGAGUAUCAUCGGGCUAUUUUUGCACAAUGACGGGUUUCAGUGUGGAACACUCUUGUGCCGACGCUGGAGACAUGAAUCGAUGAAUCGUAUGCUUUGUGCAGAGUGAGCUUACUUAGAGGCUCAUGCUUUCUUCUUCCGGUAUAUGUCGGUGUAUAUGAGUUGAAACGAGCAACUUGACCAGCCGUGGUACAAAAUCUAGCCACAUCUUCAUAAUUGAACAUGCGUCGGAGGAUCCGCGGUGAACUACCAAGGAGAACGAUUUAGCAUAAAUACUCUUUCAUACCAGAUGCCGCAUCAAGAGUUGUGGCACUUCAUUUCAAGCUUUUGUA